AUGCUUGGGGCUCUCCUCCCUCUCGUCGCAUGGCCUAUUCUCCACGCAUGUGCCCAGAAACCCCCUGUUAACGUGGGGCUCAGAACGUCAUGGCCGUCGUCACCGCUUCUUCUAGAGUGUCUUGAAUGCGUAGCUAUAGAAGAUCCUGCCGCCUUUUUCCCCGUACUGCAUGCCGUAACCGACCCUGAAACACUGGGGAUCUCUCGUACGCCUCAAAACGACUACCAGCACGUCUUCAAUGCCGCAAGAGCACUCGACUAUCUUGCGCAGCCUGGUGCACAUGUCGCGGCGGAGAUGCACGUCGCCCUGCAUUCGGCCAGCCCCAAGCUCGAGGCGUUCUACCAGUACUACUCUGAUCACCAGGCCAUGAAGCACGACGCGAAAGGCGUGGAAGGAUGUGAGUCGUGGGUAGACUGGUACGGGGAGGUCGUGUGCGACGUGAAGACUUUGGCGCGGUUGGUAGAGACGCAUUCGCUUGAUGCGCCAGAGAAUACAGCCCCUCCCAGUACGGUCGCUGCCAUGGCCUCACCACGGCUUCUCUCAUUUGAUCAUAUCCUUCCGGAACCAUCCACCGUUCUCGAACCUACGGAGCACACAGUCAUCCUCUACGCGAACACCGAUUCCCCGAACUUCCGUGACCUCCACGCCUACCUUUACGCCGCGGCAACAGAGCUCAUCCCGCGGACCACCUAUGUCUUCCGUCCCAUCCCUCCUGUGCAUCGCGACUCCAGCGACCGCGCCUACCUCUCGGGAUAUGGUGUCGCGCUCGACCUCAAGAAGAUGGACUACCUCGCGGUGGACGACCGACUUCAAGGAGGUGCUGCGCACAAGGAGGAUUUGAAGCAUGCGGAUCUGGAGGAUGAGGAGGACCCCAUCGUUGCCUUGUUGCAACAGUACCCUAUGGACGAGAGCGUAGAUGUGACCCUGCCACUCACAGAGCAGGAGUUCCUCGAUAUAGACAUCCAAGCUGCGCAGCUCAUCUACGGCGCUGAGGACAAGCUCGCGACACUCAGGCACCUGGCGCAGAACUUCCCCCGGUACGCUGGCGCGCUCUCUCGUCGCGUCCCUAUCAGCUCGCAGCUUUUCGAGGAGAUUGCAGAGAAACAGAACCAUGUACGGGGAGGAAUGAAUCUAGUCUGGUUGAACGGCGUAUCGUUGGAGGAGAAGGACUUGACCCCGCUCUCGUUGCUGAGGCUCAUCCGCCGUGAACGGAGCAACAUGCAAUCCCUUAUGUCUCUUGGUUUGUCCUCAGAGGAAGCCAUUAGACUCCUUACACACAAUACGGUGGCACGCUCGCAGUCGAGUGCUGGAGGUGUCGACGGCUUGUUCGAUGCGAGCGACCGAGUUGAAGGCGGAAGAGUGAUUGGAUGGCUCAACGACCUCGAGACGGACGAACGGUACGCUCGCUGGGGGAACACGCUCAGGAUCGUCUUGCGUCAGAUGUACCCUGGGCAAUUCCCGUCACUGAAGUACAACCUGUGGAACGCCAUCCUAGCGGUCGACAUGUCGAAGCUCAGCAGCACACACUUCAUCUCGGUCACCGUUCAGGCGCUCAUCAAUCGUGGCCUCGCUUUCCAUUGGGGUAUUGUGCCCCUCGUUGAGACCGACGAAGCCGCUCGCAUGGCAAGACUGUUUUACCAUCUCCUGGACAAGGUCGGCCCUGAAGAGACGUUUGCGUUCCUUUACCACCUCAGCCAAGUCGAUACAGAUAUGGAGGAUAUAGAUGGCACAGCUGUCAAUUGGAAAACGGUCACGGCAACUUACCAGCAGCUGCUAGCGCGCAAGAGAGACCUCGCCGACCCCCUUGAGUCUGAGCUCGAGGCUAUCCUGGCGGGUACGGAGGGUGACUUAGACCAUGUGCGUGCAUACGCGAAACGUUUGAGUCUCGACGCAGCGGACAAUGGACACGCAUUCAUGAACGGCAAGCACUUCGACUUGGAUGACAAUAUUUUGCAGUCUUUCCAGCAGGAAGCGAUGCAGCAGUUACAACACGUUCAGAUGAAGGUGUACCAGGGUCAGCUCAGUGACGAGCAUGCAGCUGGCGUCUCGACUUACUUCUAUGACUUACCAACAACUGGGAAGCGCCGUAACGUGUACAUCUACCCGUCGUCGAAGCCCGGCAGUCUUCGUAUCUUCAGCCUUCCCGAGCUCAUCGGGGGUAACGGCUUGAGCAGCGCUCCGCAGGCCUUCGUCAACCCUGUCGGGGAAGGAAGUCUGCCGAUAACCACUUACCUCGUCGCCGACUUCGAUACCCCCGAAGGUGUUGAACUUGCGAAGCAAGCCCUUAUGUCUAUCACCCCGGAAUCCGUUAGCCGUCUUUCCUUCAUACACAACCCCGCUACCGUGUCUCCCCGUUCAACUUCCGACAAGUCCACAAGCACGUCCCACUUUCUUGCAAGACUUGUCGUGAAGGGCGCCCUCUCGCAGGUGGCACCCGAGCGUCUCUCCGCGGAACUCGCAGGGACAUAUAACGACGCCUUCCCCGAGGCCCCAGCGCAGGUCUACUUCACCGAGCUUACGGGUACGGAAGUCUUCUCUGACAAGGAGCACGCGGGCUACCUUGCAGCGUGUCACCGCGUCGUGCAAGAUCUGGGCCUCACACCGGGUGAGCAGGCGAUUGUCGUGAACGGUCGGGUCGUUGGUCCGCUGAAGUCGGGGGUUUUCGUCGCGGACGACUUUGAUGCGCUCGCGGCGUACGAGUUUAGCAAGCGCACUGAGCCUGUGCGCGAUGCGCUGCUCGAUGUGUAUGCGCCUCUCAAACAAGCGAACCGCACGGUCGCAGCGGAGCUCGUCUCCGUCGCCGCUUCCAUCGUUUCGUCUAUCCAGCUCCCGGAUGCCAGCGAAGCGGGCCUGUUCAACGCACCCUUGAAGCCGCGGUCGAUGAACUACCGCUUGUUGCAGAACACUUACUCGGGUUUCAAGAUUGGCGACGAAUCUGCGGCGCUCUUCCACUUCGGUGUCAUCAUUGACCCUCUGAGCGAAGCCGCCCAGAUGUGGUCGGCAUUGUUCGAGUGGUUGCAAGAAAUGCCUGGUGUGUACAUCGACGUGCAUCUCAACCCUACAAGGUAUAACGAGCUCCCGCUCAAGCGCUUCUACCGCUACAAUCUCAGCCCUCGACUAGUGUUCGAUGAACACGGGCUAGAAGUGAAGACCACUACGAAGUUCACCGAACUCCCCAUCGAGCCCAUCUACACACUCGCCAUGGACACUCCACAAUCCUGGCUCAUCCGCCCCCGAGAGGCGCUCUACGACCUCGACAACAUCCAGCUCGCCAAGGUCCCCGUCGAUGGCAUCAAGGCGAUCUUCGACCUCGACUACCUCGUUAUCGAGGGCCACGCGCGCGAGCGCCCGUCCGAGGCUGCACCCCGCGGCCUGCAGAUGCAGCUCGUCACGAGCGACGGGACCCCGAUCGCGGACACACUUGUGAUGGCGAACCUCGGCUACCUGCAGUUCCGCACUACGCCGGGCGUGUACCGGCUCGAGACGCGUCCUGGGCGCGGGCGCGACAUCUUCGAGAUGGAGAGCGUGGGCAACCAAGGAUGGGAGAGCCCGACGGUAGGCGAGGCUGGGGACGAGGUUACAGUGACGAGCUUUGAGGGCGUGACGCUGUACCCGCGCCUCGUGCGUAGGCCGGGGAUGGAGGCUGUGGAUGUUUUGCUGCCUGCUGAGAAGCGCAGGGAAGAUGAGGAAGAUGGAUUACUUGAUAACGUGUUCUCGAAGAUGUCGUCGUGGUUCGGUGGCUCGAAGGAAGAAGAGGUAACAACCGUUGUGUCUGUUGACGACGGCCAGGCGGAGAUCAACAUCUUCACUGUGGCCUCCGGACAUCUGUACGAGCGUUUCGCCUCUAUCAUGAUUCUGAGCGUACUUCGCCACACGAACAGCACUGUGAAGUUCUGGUUCAUCGAGAACUUCCUAUCUCCGUCCUUCCUGGAGUUCAUCCCUCACUUCGCAGCUGAGUACAGGUUCCAGUACGAGCUCGUCACGUACAAGUGGCCGUCUUGGCUCCGCGCGCAGACGGAGAAGCAGCGGAUCAUCUGGGCAUACAAGAUCCUCUUCCUUGACGUCCUGUUCCCCAUGGAUCUCAAGAAGGUCAUCUUCGUUGACGCCGACCAGAUCGUCCGCGCGGACCUCAAGGAGCUCGUCGGCCUCGACCUCCACGGCGCGCCAUACGGCUACACGCCAAUGGGCGACGACAACCCCGACACUGAAGGGUUCCGGUUCUGGAAGACGGGGUACUGGCACGACUUCCUUCGCGGGAUGCCGUACCACAUCAGUGCGCUCUACGUAGUCGACCUGGAUCGCUUCCGCGAGGUAUGUCCUGACGAUAUGUACGACAUGCUUCGUGGCCACUAUCAAGCGCUGUCAGCGGAUCCCAACUCCCUCGCGAACCUUGAUCAAGAUCUUCCAAACAACCUUCAGCGUGAAGUGCCCAUUUUCUCGCUUCCUGAAGAUUGGCUUUGGUGCGAGACCUGGUGUAACAAAGACCGCCUGCACCGUGCCAAGACGAUUGACCUCUGCCAGAACCCCCUUACAAAAGAGCCCAAGCUCGAUCGUGCGCGGCAAAUCCCCGAGUGGGAAGUGUACGACUCCGAGAUUGCCGAGUUUGCACGCAAGUGCUCCACCAACACACAGGAUGGAUCUAGAGACGAGGUUGUGGUCCGAGGGCACGAUGAGCUGUGA